UCCUAGGGUGAGCAUGGAGGCCUCUCUGCCUGUGUCUGUGGUGUGGCGUGCCCAGUCGAAUUCCAUAAGGCUAAGAGGUAUACUGAAGCUGUGGCUGUGUGAGCUGUGGCUUCUGCUGAUGGGCUCAGGUUUGAACGCCGAACUUCCGCUUGAAGAGGAUGUAGACUUUAUCAAUGAAUAUGUGGAUCUCCAUAAUCAGCUCCGAGGCACCGUCUUCCCCCCAGGGGUUAACCUACGCUUCAUGACUUGGGAUGUAGCUUUAUCGCGUACUGCCAGAGCAUGGGGGAAAAAAUGUAUAUUUAGUCGUAAUACUCAUCUAGAUAAACCCCAUGAGUCCCAUCCGGUAUUUACUGAGAUUGGCGAAAAUAUGUGGGUUGGUCCUGAAAAGGACUUUACUGCAAGCAAUGCUAUCAGAAGUUGGCACGAAGAAAGGAAGAAUUACAGUUAUCUAAAUGACACUUGUAUUGACGAAGAGGACUGCUCUCAUUACAUUCAGCUUGUGUGGGACAACUCUUACAAAGUUGGCUGUGCUGUUACUCCGUGUGCAAAGAUGGGAGCUAUCACGUACGCAGCACUUUUCAUAUGCAACUAUGCACCAGGAGGAUCAUUGACAAGGAGGCCUUACCAGGCAGGGCAGUUUUGUACUCGGUGUGGUCCUGAAGAUUCAUGCACAGACCUCCUAUGCAGUAACGCAGAUCGUGAUGCAGCUACAUAUUACCAGUUCUGGUACCCACCUUGGGAAGUGCCCCGCCCAGUCGUGUGUAAUACAAUAUGCUUAUUUAUCCUCUUCCUGAGAGUGGCAUCCUUGGUGCUAUGUGUCCUCAUCGUUCUGAUAAUACAGUCCCGGUUUCCAGUUAUUUUAUUGGAAACUCCGAUGCCAGUUUCAGGAGAGGAGCGACUGAAAACUGAGGAUGAAAUAGUGAUGGAGGAGGAGGAAGAGGUGCAGGAAGAAGAUGAACUAUAGGAAGAAGAUAACCUCAGAGGAAGGAGAGAAAGAGAUGCAGGAAGACGAUAACCCAAUAGAAGCCAAACCCCAAAAGGAAACAAAACAAAACAAAACAAAACAAAACAAAAAAAAACAUUGAAUGCUGAACUUUAAAAACAAAAUAUAUAAACCUCAAUUAUAGUAUUUUUUCAUUCCUUUUCUAUAUUAUUUAACAAAUUUAAAUUUGAAAACCAAAACAGUAUGAAUGCAAGGCUUGCAUUGUACAGGAAAUAUUCAGCUUUUAAAGACCCAGAGAACACAUAAUAGCAGCAGCAACAACAGCAGGUAUCUGAUAAAAACAAGAAAUAAUUCAUAUUUCUGUCUCUGUGUAGGGUUUUUAUAUGAGCUUAAACGUGUCUGAAGUAUUAAGUUAAAUGAAAUUGCCCAUAUAAGAUGCUAAGGACCAUUCUGAGUUUAGGUAUUUGAUAAAUAUUAGCUCAUUUUUUACUAUUACUAUUAUAGUUAUCGGGAGUGGUUGUAAUUUCCAUGUGGUAUCAAAACAUCAAAUGUUUUUAAUAUUUUAUAUUUUAUGUGUACUUGGAAAAUAGUUUACUCAAUACUAAUACCUCAUGUCAUAAGAUAAAUGGAUAAUUUCUACUCCAUGGCCAAUGAUAUUCAUCAGACUUUUUGUAAUACUUGUCAAAUAGGUCCAAGAAAUAAAAAAAAAAAAAAAAAAAACUCAUUGUAUAUAAGCAAUAUAGGUGCUUCUACAUUUAUAUAAUAAAGUAGAUUUUAAAUUAUUACUUAUAGUUACUCAGUAUGUUUAGUAGAAGUUGUGGGAAAAAUAAGUUGACAUAUGAAUAUUAAUAUUGAUCAAUUUGUUGAAUAAAACGUUAGCCUGGC